UAUUUAUCUGUCUAUCUAUGCCAUCCAACCCCAUGUUUCAUGGUUCCUCUCCUAUUCCUAGGUGUCCUACCGAAUGGUGUUCGUUCCAAUUCUAUAGAGUAGAUAGACUUUUCCCCCAUUUGGUUUUUGCACCAUAGUCUUGCCUGCGACACUCAAAGAGUAUAACACACAUUUACAGUGUUGUGGUUACUUCGUUGUCAUCCAUUAACGUUUUCAGCCUCUUUCUUUUCUCUCUUUUCCUUCUCUAUCUUUGAGAUCGUUUUUUGUUUUUCGAUUUCUCGAUUUCUUCUUGUUUCUCAUCUCUUUCUAUUUACUUCCUUGGUGUCUGUUUAUCUCGAAACCAAUUCUUUGAUUGUUGUUUUGUAUCCAAUCAACUUUGAUACAACAGUGUAACUCUUUCCAUCAGUGAUUCUUUGUUUGUUUCUUUUUGGUGAUCGGUUUAAUUGUUAAAUUAAAUUUUGUGUGAUUCUCCAACGAACGGAUAAUUAAAGUACAACAAUGGAAGCCAUCAAGAAAAAGAUGCAGGCCAUGAGGGCCGAGAAAGAGCAGGCCGUUGAACGCGCUGAAGCAGCUGAGGCAUCUGCUCGUGAAGCCAACACUAAAGCAGAGAAAGCUGAAGAAGAAGUUCGAUCUCUGCAAAAGAAAAUUCAACAGGUUGAGAAUGAACUCGACGUAGUCCAAGAGCAACUUACCCAGGCCAAUGCCAAGCUUGAGGAAAAGGACAAAGCUUUACAAAACGUAAGUCAACUUUCAUUGUAAACUAAAUUAAUUUAG